AUGGAGAACUGCACUCACAGAGGUGCACAUAACAACACUGUGGUGCUUCAGCUGAUUGUGUACAUCCCAGUGCUCGUUCUGGGGAUCCCACUGAACGCAAUUGCCUUAUGGGUCUUCUGCUGCAAAAUCAAGAGGUGGACCGAGACCAAGGUGUACAUGAUCAACCUCAUCAUGGCAGACUCUUCCCUGCUCUUCACCCUGCCUUUCCUUCUGUAUUUUACCAGCUACACACAUCCCAUAGACCGGCUGUGUUUAACCAUACAAAACAUCUAUUUUACAAACAUGCCUAUGAGCAUCUUCAUCAUCACCCUGAUUGCGAUUGAUCGAUACCUUGCAAUCAAGUUCCCUCUAAAAGCAAAGAUCCUUCGAUCCCCACUGAAGUCAGCUUCUAUCUGUGGCUUUCUCUGGAUAGCAAUGAUAACUUAUUCCCUUUCGUAUCGCACACAUCGCGGUAACCAGGACGGUUUUUGCUUUCAGAAACAAUCUCUUCUACCUAAAUAUUCCUCCUUAUUCUACAGCAUUUGUGGGUACUUUAUUCCCUUAGGGAUUGUGAUGUUUUGCUCCAUACAAAUCAUCAGAUGUCUAAAAAAGAAAAUGGCCACAGGUCCUCAUGAGACAAAAUUAUUCCAGAAGGCAGUGCAGAUAGUUUCUGUGAAUUUGUGUGUGUUUGCUAUCUGUUUCUCACCUUUCCACAUCUCACUGCUCUUGCGGUUUGUGGUGGAAACUGCUGGAGCUUGUUCUCUGAUGCCAGGAGUUAUAACCUACAUUAAGGUCUCUGCAUGCUUAGCAAAUUCUAACUGCUGUCUGGAUGCAUUUUGCUAUUAUUUUGCAGCCAAGGAAUUUCCAGAGUUUUCUUCUAUGUUCCCCAAGUGUAUAUUUAUCAGGUCCAAGAUGAACCAAAGCGAGGAGUCACAGCCACCCACGGAUCAAGUGAUGAUAUGA